CGCCUGUGUUUUUAUUGACGAGUGUGCUAGCGCCACGAUAUUCUGUUCCUGGUACAAAAGUUACAUCAUUAAUACCUGCAUUUUGAACGCAGUACUGCCUGCCCAUCUCCGAGGUGGACCUCUGAAGACUGCAGCUUCAACUCCAGUGGCAUAUAUUCACCGAAAUUAUGUACACUGCGGACUACGGGAGGAGUAAGUUAUGAGUCACAGCUAAUGUUGAUGGGCAUCACAAGUAACCGGUGUUAAACAGUACAAGCAACUCAUUUUGAAAAAUAUUGAGAGUCUGAGACCAGACUGAUCUUCCUACAUACGUCAAGAUGGAGCAGUUAACAGGGAUGCCUGUCACAUUAUUAAUCAAAGCACCUAACCAGAAGUUGGGGGACCAGACUGUUGAGUGCUUCCUCGAUUGGAGCGUGCAGAAACUAAAAAACCACCUCGCAAAAGUAUAUCCUAGUAAACCAAAUGAGAAGAAUCAGAGAAUCAUUUAUUCUGGCAAGCUGUUAAAAGAUAACUUGCUACUGAAAGAUGUUUUAAGACUGGAUGACAAGUCCCUCCAGCACCACACCGUUCAUCUCGUCUGUUCGCCCUCUCCGGAAGAACUCCUCCAGCCCUACAAACCCAAAUCCAGCCCGUCACCCAUGGCAGACCAGGUGCCAUCAUCGUCGUCAGUCCAAGGCAACUCCACGGGAAGCUCUAGAACAGACGGGGGAACGACCACCCCAGCAACCAUUCAGAGGAGACAGAGCACACCGAUCGAACCUUCGCCACCGGCCUCUGCCGGUGGGCUCAGGCACAGGACUGUCAGUACACCUUCCUUCUCCAACUUCUACCCGUACAGUUAUGGGAACUAUCCAAUGCAAUAUGUGCAGAGAGCCAACCAACAAGGGUACAUGGCGGCUAACCAACAACAGCAGGCCAUGUGGAUGCAACACAUGUAUGCACAGCAGAUGGCUCAGUACCUGCAGUACUCUAAUCAGUUCCAAGCAGGCGGUGCCGGCCUCAACGCAAACCUGCCAGCAGCCCCCGCCCCUGUGGUGGUACCCCAGCCCCAAGUGCCCGACCAACCGGGGGUCAUUAAUCCGCCAGUGGUUGCUCCCAACGUUGGAGCGGCAGCAGCGGCGGCGGCGGCAGGACCGGACCAGAACGUGCGCAUGAAUGCCGGGCUGGGCCCCGCGGUGGAUGACGAUGACGAGGACAACGUCAACCGGGACUGGCUGGACUGGGUCUACACCUUCUGCCGCUUUGGCGUCAUGCUCAGCCUGGUCUACUUCUACUCCUCCCCCAGCCGCUUCCUGAUGGUGGUGGGCUUCAUGAUCUUCAUGUACCUGUAUCAAAAACGUUGGUUCCGGCUGCAUCGGGCCCCCAUCGCAAGGGAGAGAUUGGAGAAUAGGAAUGAACAACAAGAAGACAGGGAACAAGACAACAGCAAUCAGGAACAGCAGCAGGAUGAGAAUUCGGAGCAGGACGCCAGUGGAGAGUCUCAGGAGGAGCAGGAAACAGACUCUGAUUCCGCCGAGACAGCUACAGCUCCCUUGGAGCCCCCCCGACCAGGAGUCCUGACUGUCGCCUGGGUCUUCCUGUCCACGUUCUUCACAUCACUGUUUCCCCAGGAUCCCAACCUGGCCGCGGUGAACUAACAGAACAGCCUCGCCCUCGAGUGUGGCCUCCCAGGAUGUCCUUGUGUAUUCUCUGCAAGGUCUCGCCAAGGAAUUUGAAUGAAGGUGCCAGACCAGUCAGGUACCUGCCACAUGAUUUCUGAUGCCAUAACUAUCUGUGCUGUGACUUCUAGGUUUCAAUUUUGGGGGUCCCAGAUGCCAUUUUCAGUAUCAAAAUUUGAACACAUUGGAUAAUUGAGUUGUUAAUCACUUCCUGCCAGGGAGCCCGGUUUCGGGCACCUUGUGUUUAUACGCAGAGCUGGGGUGCCUAGUUUCAGACAAAAGA